AGCAACGGAUUCAAACAACAUGGCGGAAUGAUUUGAAAAAUAGUUCUCCAAAGUCAUCAAUCAUCAUACGCUAAAAGAGAAAAACCCUAUACAAUGAUACGACAAAGACAUUUUGAACUAAAAACACAACACAUUUGGUAAAAUACUUUAGGGAGAAGUAUCUAAUAAUGAAUUUAUAGAUCUGAGAACUUCAUAACGCGGAUGUACAUAACCGAUUAACAACCUAACCAGCAUGUUGUGUUAGGACUAAAGGACUAGAACUGCGAAAUAGUUGAUCAUCAAAAUGGAUGAUCCGAGGUUUGAGUGGGUUGGGAAACAAGUCGCUUUAGCACUUGACAUAAAAGAACCCGAGGCUUUCGAAGAAUUGUUGGAAAGAGAUGAUGGUGUUUCUGAAAGAGGACUUGGAAAAUUCCUCAAUGACACGCCCGAGGAAAACGAAUCCUCUAUUUUGUUUUACAAAAUAAUCAGGGAAGAAGAAGAGGAGGUAGAAGUAGAAUGUGAACCAGAAAUUCCAGACAUAGAAGAUGAGGAGGAGACCACAGAACAGCCAGAAGAACCUAAAGACCCAGAGGAGGGUGAGCCUUUAGCAGAACAGCAACUCACAGUCUCAAGUCCUUUAGAAGAAGAAGAAACAUCCAGAAAGGGGACACCAUCAUCAGGUCGACGGAAGAAGCGAGCCAAAAGUGAAACAGUGGACAAGGAUGGUGCUGAAGAUCCCCCAAAAACACUGCAGGAUGGAGAGAGAGGGAAAUCUGAGGGAGGUGAACAAGGGGAAACAGCAGAAGGAGAUGUUGCUGAAGAAGAAAACCAAGAGGACAAACAACCGAAAACUAAAAUCAUUAUUCAGAAAGUAAUGAAAACCUAUUUGUACAUGUGCUAUCAACACCUUCCUGAGGAGGUAGCUGACACAAAGUGUGUGUAUUUCUUGAGAAACACCCCAGGGAUGGUGCCACUCCCCAACAGCUCUGAGGAGGCCAAUUCAGAACUCCCAGGAUACUUUGAGAUUGGUAUCCUUAAUGGACAUUCCCUCAUAAUGCUUGAGCAAAUUAUCUCUCAGGUGUAUAUGCCAUUACUGUCCUACAAUCAACAUCGGAACGGAGAACGAAAACCAGAGCCCAGAGCAGUGAGCCGUGCUGACACCAAGGCAACAGAGGCCUCCCAGGAGAAUGGAGAUGAAAAAGAGGAGCCUAAGGUGAAUGUGGCAGAAUCUCGAGCAAAAGCCAUGCUGAGAGAUGAGUUUCUUAUAAACAUGCAGAAAUUUGCCUCUGGAAUAAAUAGGACUAUUCAGCAGAUUGAGGGAGAAGUACGAUUAGAGAUCCCAGAGAUCGAACUAGGCGAACUUAAAAUGGAGGAAGUUUUGGCAGACAAUGAUUUGAUGACCAUUAUUAGAGAAUCAUGUUCUGAGUGGGCAAAGCAAGUGAGAGGUGCAUUGGAUGCAGAAAUAAAAAAAAUUCCUCAAGGAAAAGGGCCUUUGGCAGAAAUUGACUUUUGGAGGGAAAGAAAUGCAUCCUUGAGUGCUUUGACUGAACAGUUAAAAAUACCCAUUGUUACUCAAAUGAUUGAGAUUUAUAAUCAAGUAGAAAUAGACUUCAGUGAUUUGAAACCAGAGUUAAACAAGUACUAUGUUGAGGCUAAGGACAAUGUUAGGUUUUUGUCAACUCUUGAAAGACAUUUCAAAAAUAUUACCCAUGGAGCAACAUUCCAAGUGGUGAUAGAGACCCUACCUUCAAUGAUGAAUGCUCUACGCAUGGUCUGGAUUAUUUCAAGACAUUACAAUAAGGAUGAAAGAAUGGUGCCUCUGAUGAGCAGAAUUGCAUGGGAAUUGGCAGAGAGAGUCAGUAAAGUAAUCAACAUCAGAACAAUAUAUGGGGGAGAGGGUCCAGUGACAAAUACUGAAGAAGUGAAAGUCAGAACUUCAGAGGCCAAAAGGAUGUUAGAAGUUUGGAAGGAACAGUACUUUGAGGUCCGUGCCAAAAUUGAGGCUUCUGGACGAGACCAGAGGUGGGAGUUUGACAGGAAGAAACUGUUUGAAAGGACAGACCACAUGGCAGUCAUUUGUCAAAACUUGUAUGAUGUUGCUCAGGUUUUAGAGGAAUUUUACAACAUUUUUGGACCUGAGCUGAAAGCAGUCACAGGAGAUCCCAAAAGAAUCGAAGAAGUCCUGCUUAGAGUCGAUAACCUUGUCAAGCCUCUUCAGGAAGUGGGAUUUGAUCCAUUUGAGAUUCAGCACAAAAACUCUUGGAAAAGUCAAAUGGAGCAUUUCUACAAACAAGUGGAAUCCAUUGAAGGGGAAGCAAAGAUGUUUAUUGAUGAGUCAUUCCAGUCUUUGCGAUCUGCUGAGGGUGCUUUUGAUAUGUUGCUGAACUUCAAACACAUUAGAUCCAGAAAGGCUAUCAAUGAUCAGAUGAUGCAGAAAUUUAAAGACAUUUUGGUGCAAUAUGAAAAAGAGGUGACAACUAUGGAUGAGCUGUUUCAGUCUCAGAAGGAGAACCCCCCUCUUCACAAGAACCAUCCCCCUGUGGGUGGAGCUAUAUUUUGGGAGAGAUCAUUAUUUCAUCGAAUCAAAAACACCAUUGUUCGGUUUCUCACUAUGGAGGAUAUGAUGCAGAGCGAAAUGGGAAAACAUGCUAGGGCAAAAUACUUGAGUGUGGCACGGCAAAUGAAGUUCUUUGAAGAUCAGAAAUAUGAGGAAUGGAAACUUUAUGUAGAACAAUGUCUACCAGCUUUACUGAAGAGAAAUCUCCUAAUAAAACCCCAUCAUGCAGCAGAGGAAAUGAGAGCAGCUGCUCAAAAAGAGGCUGAUGAAGCAGCACACCAUCAUCAUGCAAAUAUUAACCCAGAACAAGAACAGCAUGUCACUAAACCUGAGGGAGAAAAUCAGGAAGCUGAUCAGGAAGCUGAUCAGAGUAGCCAGGGAGUUCAACUAAAGUACUUGGUAGACUUUGAUCCACAGCUUACAGAAAUCAUUUCUGAGACCAAAUAUAUGGAACAACUGGGAUUUUCUGUUCCAGAGUUAGCUAGAAAUGUAGCUCUACAGGAAGAGAAGUACAUAAACUACGUUGAGGGUCUUAGAUUCAUGCUUAGCAGAUAUCAUGCUCUGUUGUCUUCUCUGGAUCAAGCAGAGACAAGUUUGUUGGAGGACCACAUGCGAGAACUUCGUAGAGUGAUAAGACCAGGUUCGAAACGCCUGAACUGGAAUUCCUUGGGUAUCAAUGAUUUUGUCCUGAAGUGCAGAAAUGCUAUUGGAAAAUUUGAGUCUCUAGUCAACCAAAUACAGAAGAAUGCCAAGGACAUUAAUCAGAGAUUGCAAAUGAUUGAGAACUGUAACCUGUUUAAACCACCACCUCAAAAGUAUCCAGAUACUCUGCCAAGCUGUAAGGAGUAUUUUGAACAUGUGGAAAGAGAAAGAGCCAGAGAUUUUGAGAUUCUAGCGAGAAAAUAUCGUGCAAUAGGACCAUUAUUGACAAAAAUGGAGGGACUUGUUGUGCACACAAACUCGGGUCGAUCUCCCAAGUUGAAUGCAUAUUAUUCAUACUGGGAGAAGAAAGUGUAUGAUGCUUUAACCAAGUUAAUUAUGAACAAUAUACGCAAAUUUGAGGUGGCUUUAAGGACAGAAAAACCAUUGUACCAGGUGGAGACUCUACUGGCAGCUCCUGAUGUGGUGCUUCACCCUCAGGCCAAUGAAGUUUAUAAACUGACUCUUCAGUGUGUGAGAGAUUGUGUAGAAGGUACUAAGUCAUUUGUGAGAUGGAUGCAGGGGACCUGUAUUGAGACCCCACCUCAGAAGGUGGAAGGAGAAGAUGAACCUUAUGUUUUUUGUUUUUUCACUGAUAUUUCUGCCAAUCCUGAAGUCAUAGAUUAUGUUCAAACCAUUCAGACUGAUAUUAAAAAUACUCUCACCAGCAUGACGAGGUAUCUCAACAGAUGGAAGAAAUAUAGGAGCAUUUGGAAAGUUGACAAGCAAGCCAUUGCUGAUAAGUGGUAUCAGAAAGGUCCGACAGUCGUGGCAUUUGAUGACAAACUACAGUAUUACUACAAGACCAUAGAUGAGGUAGAAACCCUACCACUAGUCAAAGACCAGGACUGUAUUCGUCUCCAUAUGGGACCUUUGGCUUCUUCUGUGAAGGAGCAUGCUAAGCAGUGGAUUGGACAUCUUGGAAAGAUCUUAAGAGACUCUGCAAAAGAAUCUCUGUAUAAACUCAGGGAUGAAUUGGAUGAUAGGUCUGAUGAUUUAGAGCAGACACCAAGUUCUUUAGAGGAUCUCAAAUUUGUGCUGACAACAAUAUCCGAUAUCAAAUCAAUGUCUCUAGAUGUGGAAACCAGAAUUCGAGAUAUCAGGGAGCGAUAUAGGACCCUGUCCAUGUAUAAUAUUGAGGUCACUGAUGAGGAGAAAGAAAUUCAACAGAAACUGCCGCAGAUCUGGGAUGACUUGGUUUGGAAGUCGAAGAACACCGAUGCUGGUCUCACUGUUGUCAAAACUAAAUUUACAGAGAUCACCCAAACUCAAAUUGAAGAUUUCAAGAAAGAUCUUGAAAAAUUCUCGGAGAAGUUUUAUGACAAUGGACCUGGUGCUGUUGGUACAGACUUAGAAAAAGGUCUAGAAUUAAAGAAGACAUUCCGUGUUGAGGUUAAUGAUUUAGAAGCUGCUAGGCAAGAGUUAGCCAAUGCAGAGAAACUGUUUGAUUUGCCCAUUACAAUGUAUCCAAAUCUUCUGGAAGUGCAGAAGCAGAUGAAAGGACUGGAAAUGAUAUAUGGCUUGUAUGAAGAACAGAAGGCUGCCAGAGAGCAAUGGGCAGAGACACUUUGGUCCAAUUUGAAUGUACAAGUUCUUCAAGAAGGAAUUGAGGGUUUCCUAAAGAAUCUUCGCAAGAUGCCAAGGGAGGUCAGAUCAAUGCAAGCAGCUCGUGCUUUGGAGUCCAAGAUGAAGGAGUUCAGAGAUUCUCUACCUCUGUUUGUUGACUUGAAACAUGAUGCCCUUCGAGAACGCCAUUGGAAGGAGCUAAUGAAUAAGACAGGGCAGAAGUUUGACAUCAAUCCUGAGACAUUUACUCUUGCCAAUGUAUUUUCCAUGGAACUACAUCGGUUCCAAGAAACAAUUGGAGAAAUUGUCACCAAGGCCAGCAAAGAAAUGGGUAUUGAAAAGGGAGUAAAAGAAAUUGAGGAGCAGUGGAGCAACAUGAAAUUCUCGGUCCAUGCCUACAUGAAGGGUACCUCUAACCGUGGCUGGAUUCUAGGGGCAGUGGAUGAAAUUCUACAAAUUCUAGAUGACAGUUCCAUGAACUUACAGAGCAUGUCAGCCUCCAGAUUUGUGGGACCUUUCUUGAAUUCUGUGCAAAAUUGGGAAAAGAGUUUGUCCCACAUCUCAGAAGUUCUUGAUGUCUGGAUGGUGGUACAAAGAAAAUGGAUGUACUUGGAGGGAAUCUUUAUUGGAGGUGAUAUCAGGUCCCAGCUACCAGAGGAGGCCAAGAAGUUUGAUCAGAUUGAUAAAAUGUUCAAAAAGAUCAUGAAUGAAGUCCACAAAAAUCCAGUUAUCAAAAUGUGUUGUCAUGCCCCUAACCGUCUGCAAGAUCUGGAAGCCCUAAGUUUGGGACUGGAAAAAUGUCAGAAGUCACUGAAUGACUACUUGGACUCCAAACGUAAUGCUUUUCCAAGAUUCUUCUUCAUCUCUGAUGAUGAAUUACUCAGCAUUCUGGGUAGCAGUGAUCCAACUUGUGUCCAGGAACAUAUGAUUAAGAUGUAUGAUAAUAUUGCGUCCCUAAGAUUCCAGCAAGGCCCUAAUGGUGAGACGCUAGCCACAGCAAUGAUCUCUGCUGAGGGGGAGGUGAUGGAGUUCCGUGAACACAUUCCAGCAGAGGGUCGAGUGGAAGACUGGAUGACCAGUGUGUUGGAUGAAAUGAGGUGUACCAACAGACUCAUCACCAAAGAGGCAAUCUUUUAUUAUUGCACAGAUGGCAAAACGAGAGUUGACUGGAUGAUGGGCUAUCAAGGUAUGAUCUGUUUGGCUGGCAACCAAGUCUGGUGGACAUGGGAAGUAGAAGAUGUUUUCCAAAAGGUCAAGAAAGGUCAGAAGACAGCUCUUAAAGACUACGCCAAGAAACAGCACAGACAGAUUGGUGACCUGGUAGUGACUGUCCGAUCACCCCUCUCUUCUAAUGACAGAAAGAAGUUUAACUCUGUACUCAUUAUUGAUGUCCAUGCCAGGGACAUCAUUGAUGGAUUUGUCAGAGACAGUAUUAUGGAUGCCAAAGAAUUUGAAUGGGAGAGCCAGUUGAGAUUUUACUGGGAGAAGGAGCCAGAUGAAUUGGUCAUCAGACAGUGCACUGGAGAGUUUGGUUAUGGAUAUGAGUACAUGGGUCUGAAUGGUCGACUGGUCAUUACACCAUUGACAGACAGAAUCUACCUCACACUUACACAGGCUUUGUCAAUGAAUUUGGGUGGAGCUCCUGCAGGUCCUGCUGGGACAGGAAAGACUGAGACAACCAAGGAUCUUGCCAAGGCUCUGGGUUUACUGUGUGUUGUUACCAACUGUGGGGAGGGUAUGGACUUCAAGGCUGUUGGAAAGAUUUACUCAGGAUUGUGUCAGUGUGGUGCCUGGGGAUGCUUUGAUGAGUUCAACCGUAUUGAUGUAUCUGUGCUUUCUGUCAUUUCAACUCAAUUGAAAACCAUUCAAAAUGCUCUCAUCCUGAAACUAAAAAGAUUUCAUUUUGAGGGACAGGAAAUCAGUUUGGACUUGAGAGUAGGCAUCUUCAUUACCAUGAACCCAGGUUAUGCAGGACGUACAGAGUUACCUGAAUCUGUGAAAGCUCUGUUCAGACCAGUGGUGGUGAUUGUACCAGAUCUGCAGCAGAUCUGUGAGAUUAUGUUGUUCUCGGAGGGUUUCUUGACUGCUAAAGUGUUGGCCAAGAAAAUGACAGUAUUGUACAAACUGGCCAAGGAGCAGUUGUCAAAACAGUACCAUUAUGACUUUGGUCUCAGAGCACUGAAGUCUGUGUUGGUCAUGGCAGGUGAUCUAAAACGCGGCUCUCCAGACUUGCCAGAGGAUGUAGUGUUGAUGAGAGCUUUAAGAGACAUGAACCUGCCCAAGUUUGUGUUUGAGGAUGUACCCCUAUUCCUGGGGCUCAUUGGGGAUCUUUUCCCAGGUUUGGAUUGUCCCCGAGUAAGGUACCCCAACUUCAAUGAUGCAGUGGAGGCUGUGCUUGAGGACAAUGGAUACAAAAUGCUAGAUGUUCAGGUCGACAAGGUGGUUCAAUUGUAUGAGACUAUGAUGACACGUCACACCACCAUGAUAGUGGGUCCCACAGGAGGAGGAAAAUCAGUGGUCAUCAACACACUGGCCCAGUCCCAGACUAGAUUAGGUAUUCCCACCAAGUUGUUUGUGAUUAAUCCUAAGGAUCGUUCAGUGAUUGACCUUUAUGGUAUCCUUGACCCAGUGACCCGUGAUUGGACAGAUGGACUUCUUUCCAACAUUUUCAGAGACAUUAACAAACCAACUGAUAAAAAUGAAAGGAAAUACAUUGUAUAUGAUGGUGAUGUAGAUGCAUUAUGGGUAGAAAACAUGAACUCUGUUAUGGAUGACAACAAACUCUUAACACUAGCUAAUGGUGAAAGAAUCCGCCUGCAGAAACACUGUGCCAUGUUGUUUGAGGUGUUUGAUCUCCAGUUUGCCUCACCUGCCACAGUAUCCAGAUGUGGUAUGGUGUAUGUGGAUCCAAAGAACUUGGGAUAUGAUCCUUUCUGGCACAAAUAUGUCCACUCCAGACAAAACAAGCAGGAAAGAGAUGACCUCAACAGACUGUAUGACAAAUAUGUCAAUAUUCUGAUAGACAUGGUCAUUGAAGGAAUUCUUGAUGGCAGACAGGGAGACAAAAUGAAGACAAUUGUGCCAGUUACAAAUCUUAACCUGGUAACACAGCUUGCUGCCAUGUUGGAUUCACUCCUUGUUGAGGAAGUCACAGAGCCAGACGACCUGGAAGCCUUUUUCCUACAAGCUCUAUACUGGUCUAUUGGAGCUGCUCUCCUGGAGGAUGGCAGGAUCAAGUUUGAUGCUCAGAUUAAAAACUUGGCAGCCUUGAGUACUGCCAGUGAUGAUGAAAAGAACUUUGCUAAAGCAGGGGAAAUCCCUAGUGCCCUUCCUACUCUUUAUGAGUAUUUCUAUGAUGGUCAAUUGAAGCAGUGGGUGCCAUGGUCCAAGAAGGUGCCAAAAUACAUUCACGACCCUGAGAGGAAAUUCAAUGAGAUACUUGUACCCACUGUAGACACUGUCCGUGCCACAUGGUUACUGGAGCUGAUGGUUGGAAUUAAACACCCAGUGGUUCUGGUGGGAGAAACUGGUACUUCAAAGACUGCUACCACUGCCAACUUCCUUAGGACUCUCAGCACUGAAACACAUAUGCUGCUAAACAUGAACUUCUCCAGCAGAACCUCAUCUUUGGAUGUACAAAGAAAUCUGGAGGCCAAUGUUGAAAAGAGAACCAAAGACACAUAUGGUCCUCCACCAGGCAGACGUUUACUCAUUUUCAUUGAUGACAUGAACAUGCCACAGGUUGACAAAUAUGGAACGCAACAACCCAUUGCUCUGCUUAAGUUGUUGCUGGAGAGAGGAGGUUUGUAUGACCGUGGGAAAGAUCUGAACUGGAAGAACAUGAAGGACAUUGGCUACAUUGCUGCUAUGGGCAAAGCUGGUGGUGGCCGAAAUGAAACUGAUCCACGCUUUAUUUCUCUCUUCUGUGUAUUCAACAUGACCUUCCCCUCGGAUGAAGCUUUGUUCUUGAUUUAUAAUUCCAUCUUAGCCGGGCAUACACAACCUUUCCCCAAGGAAAUUCAGGAUACAGUCCCCACUCUUACCAAAAUGACAAUGGCCUUGUACAGCUCUAUUGUUAAUGAUCUACCUCCAACACCAUCCAAAUUCCACUACAUUUUCAACCUGCGAGAUCUGUCCAGGAUCUACCAUGGUAUGUGUCUAACCACACCAGAUCGAUUCUCGAAGGUGGAGAACUUUGUCCGUGUGUGGAGAAAUGAGUGCCUGAGAGUCAUUGGGGAUAGGCUCAUCAGUGAUGUUGACAAGGAGAUCGUAAAUACUAAACUCAAGGAGUUGUUGGAGGAGAACUUCAAACAACAAACUGAAAAUGCUAUGAGAAAUCCCAUCUUGUAUGGUGACUACAGAACUGCUUUAGAAGAUUCUGAGCCCAGGCUGUAUGAAGACAUCCAGGACUAUGAAGCCUGCAAAGCUCUGUUUCAAGAGAUCUUGGAAGAAUACAAUGAGAGUCACACUACAAUGAACUUGGUGUUGUUUGAUGAUGCCCUGGAACACUUAACACGUAUUCAUCGGGUAAUCAGGAUGGACCAGGGCCAUGCCCUGCUAGUUGGUGUGGGUGGUAGUGGUAAACAGAGUUUGUGCAGGCUAUCCUCAUUUGCAGCUGGUUGUGAUGUGUUUGAAAUCACCCUCAGUAGAGGUUACGGUGAGAGCAGCUUCCGCGAUGAUCUGAAGAUCCUCUAUAACAAGCUGGGAAUGGAGAAUAAGAAAACUGUCUUUCUAUUUACUGACCAACAUGUAGCUGAAGAAGGUUUCUUAGAGUUGAUCAAUAACAUGCUGACAUCUGGAAUGGUGCCUGCCCUGUACCCUGAUGACGAAAAAGAAUCUAUCAUUGGACAGAUUCGUCAAGAGGCCAUAGCAGCAGGUUGUCCUCACAUUCGAGAAAUGAUCUGGCAAUACUUUGUCAACAAGUGUGCCAACAAUCUCCACAUUGUGCUGGCCAUGUCACCAGUAGGAGAUGCUUUGAGAACAAGAUGUAGAAACUUCCCAGGAAUGGUGAACAAUGCCAAUAUUGAUUGGUUUUUCCCUUGGCCAGAACAGGCCUUGUAUGCUGUGGCUAGUGUGUUCAUCUCACCAGAUAACCAGUUGAUCCCUGAGGACAAACGACAGGAAGUGGUCAGCCAUAUUGUCAUGGUUCACAUGGAUGUCGUAAAGAACAGCAAACUCUUUCUCCAAAGACUCAGGAGGAACAAUUAUGUCACACCUAAGAAUUAUCUGGAUUUUGUCAACUCCUACCUGAAACUGCUAGAAGAAAAGGACAAGUACAUUUUGGCUCUGUGUGAACGUCUACAAGGGGGUUUACAGAAGAUUGCUGAAGCCAGUGAACAGCUUGCUAUUCUCAAUGACAGACUGGCUGUACAGAAAGUGGCUGUAGCAGAGAAAAGUGAGGCUUGUGAGAUAAUGUUAGAGGAAAUAUCUACAGGUACAGCCCAAGCCACAGAGAAGAAGUCCCUGGCUGAGUCCAAAGGAAAGGAAAUAGAGGAACAAAAUAUUGUCAUCGCUAAGGAGAAAGCUGAUGCAGAGGAAUCCUUGGCCGAAGCAUUGCCUGCCUUAGAGGCUGCCAGAUUGGCUCUGGAAGACCUAGACAAAUCAGAUGUCACAGAAAUUAGGUCUUUUGCUAAACCACCACCAGAGGUACAAAGAGUAUGUGAAUGCAUUGUGGUGUUCAAAGGAAUCCGUGAAGUCUCCUGGAAAUCUGCCAAGGCCAUGAUGGCGGAGGCCAACUUUUUAAAGAGUCUUAUGGAGAUGGAUGUGGAUGGCAUCACCCAGAGGCAAACACAGGCUGUUAAAGGUCUGAUGAGUGAUAAGAACUUGAACUUGACUUUGGAUGCUAUGAAGACGAUCAGUAAGGCUGGAUCUGGUUUGUUAAAAUUUGUGGAGGCUGUGAUGGGUUAUUGUGUAGUAGCCAGAGAAAUUAAGCCUAAGAGAGAAAAGGUGGCAAGGUUAGAAAAGAACUUUCAUCAAGCCAAGAGAGAUUUGGAUAAGAUUACAAAUGAGAUCAACAAACUGGAACAAGAGUUGAAAGAACUAGGAUUGAAGUAUGAACAGGCCAUGGCAGAGAAACAGCAACUGGAAGAAGAGGCAGCCAUUAUGGAACGUCGGUUGAUUGCUGCUGACAAGCUUAUUUCUGGUCUUACUUCAGAAAACAAGAGAUGGCAAGAGGACCUAAAUGAGUUGAAACAAAAGCGUAUUAGGCUGCUUGGAGAUUGCCUGGUUAGCUCAGCUUUUCUGAGUUAUGUGGGUGCCUUCAGCUGGGAGUUCCGUUAUGACAUGGUGUACAAAGAUUGGGUGGAUGAUCUGCAUAAAAGAGAUGUUCCACUCAGUGAGCCAUUUAAGCUGGAAGAUCUGCUGACAAAUGAAGUGGAAGUCAGCAAAUGGACAUCAGAAGGUCUCCCACCAGAUGAACUUUCCAUUCAAAAUGGUAUCCUGACAACUCGAGCCAGUCGUUUCCCUAUGUGUAUUGAUCCACAACAGCAAGCCUUGAACUGGAUUAAACGGAAAGAGGAACAAAACAAUCUUAAGGUGUGUACUUUCAAUGACCAUGAUUUUCUGAAACAACUAGAAUUGGCCAUCAAGUAUGGUUUCCCAUUCCUGUUCAAAGAUGUUGAUGAAUAUAUAGACCCAGUUAUUGACAAUGUAUUGGAAAAGAACAUCAAAGGUGACAAAGGUCGAGAGUUUAUCCUAUUGGGAGAUAAAGAAGUAGACUAUGACCCUAACUUCAGACUGUACCUAAACACCAAGCUUGCCAAUCCAAAGUACACUCCUAACGUGUUUGGUAAAUCUAUGGUCAUCAACUACACUGUCACACUAAAGGGUCUUGAAGAUCAGUUACUCAGUGUCAUCGUGAAGUUUGAGAGGCGAGAGUUAGAAGAGCAAAGGGAACGCCUAAUUCAGGAGACCAGCACGAAUAAGAAGCUUCUGAAGGACCUGGAAGAUGCCCUUCUGAGAGAGUUGGCCCAGUCUCAGGGCAACAUGUUGGACAAUAUGGAGCUAAUCCAGACCCUGGAGGAAACCAAGACCAAGGCGACUGAGGUAUCAGAGAAAUUGAAGUUGGGAGCCAAGACGGCCAUUGAUAUUGACAAACUUCGAGAUGGUUAUAGACCUGCAGCUCGUAGAGGAGCAAUUCUUUUCUUCAUCCUAGCAGAUCUGUCUACUAUCAACACAAUGUACCAGUACAGCUUGGAUGCUUAUUUAGGGGUGUUUGAACUCUCCUUGAAGAAGUCCAUGCCAGAUGCCAUUCUACAGAAGAGGUUGAAAAACAUCAUGGACACUCUAACUCACAAUAUGUACAACUAUGGGUGCACAGGUAUAUUUGAAAAACACAAACUGCUGUUCUCUUUCCAAAUUACCAUCAAGCUGGAACAAGAUCUGAGCCAUGUGUCUCAGGAUGAGCUCGAUUUCUUCAUCAAGGGUAACAUUGCUUUGGAGAAGAGUCGCCGUAAAUGCCCACAUACCUGGUUCCCAGAGGCAGGAUGGGAAGAUGCCAUUAGGCUCACAGAGGAAUUCCCAGACAAGUUUGGCUCCUUAAUUGAUGAUAUUGAAAGGAAUGAAAAAGUGUGGAAAAAGUGGUUUGAUUCAGACACACCCGAAUCUGAUUCUUUCCCACUAAAGUAUGAGGACUCCCUCUCAGCUUUCCAGAGGCUGAUGUUACUUAGAUGUAUCCGUGUAGACAGAAUCUACCGUGCUGUAGAGGAGUAUGUCACCAAGUGUAUGGGGGAGAAGUAUGUUAACCCUCCCAUUAUCAGCUUCGAGUCCAUCUUUGAUCAGAGCACACCAGUAUCUCCUAUUGUCUUCAUUCUUAGCCCUGGCUCAGAUCCUGCUAGUGACCUAAUGAAGCUUGCAGAAAGAAUUGACUUUGGAUCCAACAAGCUUAAGUUUUUGUCUAUGGGUCAAGGUCAAGAGAAAUUAGCGUUACAGUAUUUAGAGACUGCAAUUGCCCGUGGUCAGUGGCUUAUGUUACAGAACUGUCAUCUGUUGGUGAAAUGGCUGCGAGAGCUAGAGAAGGAAUUGGAGAGGUUGACCAAACCACAUCCUGAUUUCAGGCUCUGGUUGACCACAGAGCCCACAGAGAGCUUCCCAAUUGGUAUCUUACAGAGGUCACUCAAGGUUGUCACGGAACCUCCAAAUGGUUUGAAGUUAAACUUGAGAGGCACUUACCACAAAAUCUCUGCCCAGGCUUUAGCAGAGUGUCCACAUGGAGCCUUCCCAUCUCUGGUCUUUGUGCUUGGUUUCUUCCAUGCUGUGGUACAGGAGAGAAGAAAGUAUGGAAAGAUUGGUUGGAACAUUGCAUAUGACUUCAAUGAAUCUGACUUCAGAGUAUGUCAACAGAUCCUUAAUACCUACCUUACAAAAGCCUUUGAACAGGGAGAUCCUAAGAUUCCAUGGGCUAGCUUGAAAUAUCUGAUUGGGGAGGUCAUGUACGGAGGCCGAGCCAUUGAUGACUUUGACAGACGAGUCCUUAAGACUUAUAUGGAUGAGUAUAUGGGAGACUUCAUCUUUGACACCUUCCAACCAUUCCACUUUUACCACAAUGAAGAAGUGGACUACAAGAUUCCAGAGGAUGGACCCAGAGAUAACUAUACAGAUUACAUUGAGUCCUUGCCACAUGCUAACACCCCAGAGGUAUUUGGUCUGCACCCUAAUGCUGAGAUUGGUUACUAUACUGCUGCAGCCAGAGACAUGUGGACCCACCUAGUGGAGCUACAGCCCCAGACAGGGGAAUCCUCCACAGGAAUUAGCCGUGAGGACUUCAUCGGAAAGAUUGCCAAAGAUGUACUGGCCAAACUGCCCCCAGAGUAUGAGAUGGACAAGAUCAAGAAGAAAUAUGGCAUUGAGAUUUCCCCCACCACUGUAGUAUUGUUACAGGAACUGGAGAGAUUUAACAAUCUCAUCAUCAGGAUGAGGAGGUCUCUCCAAACAUUGCAAAAAGCUCUGGCAGGAGAAGUGGGUAUGAGCAGUGAGUUAGAUGAAGUGUCCAGAGCCCUGUUUAAUGGACAGCUCCCAGCCAUAUGGAGGAGACUAGCUCCAGCCACGUUAAAAUCCCUUGGAAACUGGAUGAUCCACUUUGAGAGGCGUCUUAAGCAGUAUAAUGGCUGGGUAAAUGAGGCUGAGCCCCCUGUGAUGUGGCUGUCUGGGCUUCACAUCCCUGAGUCCUACUUGACUGCUCUGGUGCAAGCCACAUGUCGAAAGAAUGGCUGGCCACUGGACAAGUCCACACUGUACACUUCAGUCACACAAUGGCAGAGUGGUGAUGAUGUAACUGAAAGAGUUCAUCAAGGUUGCUUUGUGGAUGGUCUUUACUUGGAGGGAGCUGCUUGGGACCGAGAAAAUUGCUGCCUGAUCCGACAAUCCCCCAAACAGCUGAUCCAGGAACUCCCUGUCAUGAAGGUCAUCCCCAUCGAAGCUCACCGUCUCAAACUUCAGAACACAUUUAGAACACCAGUGUAUGUGACAUCAGAAAGGAGAAAUGCUAUGGGUGUUGGUUUGGUGUUCGAAGCUGAUCUGGCCACAACAGAACAUCUCAGUCACUGGGUACUCCAGGGAGUAUGCUUGAUCCUCAACACAGACUAAAAACAGAAUAUAGAAACUGACCUAAAACCCAACCUAUGCUAAAAGGACAACAAUGCUGAAAACCACAUCUAGGAAAUACUACUAGUGAAAAACAUUAACUAUUAUAAGAUUUCUGAACCUUAUAACUGUAUGGUCCACAUCUGGGAAAAGUUUUUAAAAAUUGUCAGGUAUUUUUAGUUUGAAACUUUUUGUCAUGGGGACUUUAUGCAAAACUGAAAAAUAAAAUCUGCAUUUUUUAUCAUAUUCUUUGAUCUCAAAUGAAUUCUGUCCAACAGAAUUUGCAUACUUAUCAAGCUCUUUUUUUUUUUUUAACCUUAACAUCUUCUGCGAUAUAAUUUUCAAUUUGUUAUGAUGAAAUCAUCCAAAUUUAGAGCUUCUUUGAAUAUAUAUAUUUUUAAAUGAAGUCUUCUUUAUUCUUUUGCUUCAAAUAUUUGUUAUUGUUGAAAUGUAAUUGAAUUUGAUGUGAAAUAGAGAUGAAGAAUUAAAAGAAUGUAUAUGAAAUA